AUGGUUGGGCUAAUUUUACAAAGCCAAACGAAGUCUCAGAAUCAGCCACAACAAUACGGUCCAGCAAAAGAAGGGAGUAUCAUAAAUAUCGAAGCCAUAUCAAUGGGUAAAGAUAAAGCGGAAAGAGGCAGAUCAACUAUAUACACAUCAGUUGCGCCUUCGAUUUUCCAAGCAGAACCCGUGAUACCAUUUGUGACAAUGCCAAACAAUACUCCUUCCUUACGGGAGAAUACUUUUCUCAGUACAGCAAAAUUGGCGACACGAAGCAAAAGGAAACAGAAAGGUGGUGGAAAUGGCCUAAUGAUAAUUGCUAUUAUGCAUCUUCUUCUUGCAUGUGGCUUGAUAGACUUAGGUAUGUUUCUCACUAUUCGAUUCAAUCACUAUGGUCAUGUUUGGCCAGAUAGUUAUGCAAAGUUAUCUGUUUCAGAAUAUCGGCUUUACCGCAACCAGAUGCUUUCUAUCCGUGUCCUCUACUCACCUGUAACAAUAGCUAUUGGCUUAAUGAUAUUUUUCCCGAAAAGCAUUUAUUUAUUGAUUAUUUUCAUUUCCAAAGUGUCAUUUUAUAGAGCAGCGAUCGUUGAUGGGGGCAUUUCCUUUCUUGCUCUUACUUAUGCUUGUAUUACCGGUUCACAUGCAUAUGUUAUAUUGCACGGUAUUUCAAAGAUUGAUAUCGAGGACCGCAGUGAUAUCCUUUGUUAUGCCAUCAGAGGUCCGCGUGAAAAAGCACCGCAAGCAUUACGUGAUCGGUGCUUGCUGGUUGCAUAUAAAAUGUUUGGUGAUCAUUUAUCGUUGCAAUCCAUAAUUGCUAUACUUGUAAUCAUCAACGUAGAAAGUAGUGGGAUGUUUGUGCAACUAGUGUUGUUGUUACUGGUGACACUUUUGGUGUUUAUUUUGCUUUACAUUCGAUACGUCAAACGUCAUUCAUGCGUGGACCAGAACAUGGCAAAAAGGAAACGUCCGUCAAUGUCAAUACGAAUGUGUUGCGUCGCUGGAUCUGGUGGGCAUACUGCUGAAUUACUGACCCUAAUGUCUGCCUUUAGACAACAGUUUAAUAAUCUCAUAUAUAUUGUUUCCGACACUGAUAAGCUAAGCGAGCAAAAGAUAAUCGAAUUUGAGAAAUCACAAGGCGCAGGAAACUUCCGGAUAGAACAAAUAAGUAGAAGCCGGGAAGUAAAACAAAGCUACAUUACCUCAAUAUUCACAACAAUUUGGGCCUGCAUUGAAACCUUGUUUUUGGUGUGGCGAAUAAGGCCUGAUGCAGUGAUCUGCAAUGGACCAGGUGUUUGCUUACCAGUUUGUUUUGCUGUAGCGUUGUUUGAUUUGCUACGACUUCGUGAUGUGCAGUUGUUUUAUGUUGAAAGUUUAUGUCGGGUUAAAAAGUUAUCAUUAACCGGACAGAUUUUAUAUGAAUCACGCAUUACUGACAUUUUUUUUGUACACUGGGAAGAUCUUAUUCAGCGUUAUCCACGUGUUGUUCUGAUACCGUGCACUAAGUAG